UAUUUUGGGUCCGAAAACAAAGCCCAAAACCGGCCCAAGGAGUAGUAUCUAGUUUUAAACCCUAAAAUCCCAAAGUCUCUCCCUCUUCGCGAUCUCAGAGUUCAUAGCGCAAAACUACGAAGCCGCUUCCUGAGCCUUCAAUCUUCUCUAUUCUCCAGCAACCAUGGUGAGAGUCAGUGUGUUGAACGAUGCUCUGAAGAGCAUGUACAAUGCUGAGAAAAGAGGAAAGCGUCAAGUCAUGAUUCGACCAUCCUCCAAAGUUAUCAUCAAGUUCCUUAUCGUUAUGCAGAAACACGGUUACAUUGGUGAGUUUGAGUAUGUUGAUGACCACAGAGCUGGGAAGAUUGUUGUUGAAUUGAAUGGUAGGUUGAAUAAAUGCGGGGUUAUUAGUCCUCGUUUUGAUGUUGGUGUCAAAGAGAUUGAAGGUUGGACUGCUAGGCUUCUCCCUUCCAGACAGUUUGGUUAUAUUGUUUUGACUACCUCUGCUGGCAUUAUGGAUCACGAAGAGGCUAGGAGAAAGAAUGUUGGUGGUAAGGUCCUUGGUUUCUUCUACUAGGCUUGCUUUGAGGAUCUUCAAGAUUUCAGAUUUUGGUUUACGGAUGUAAUGGACCCAUUAAUAUCAAGUGUAGACGCAGCUGUUUUGCUAUUUGUUUUAUUUUGUUUUGCAAGACCAAGUUGAUAACUAUAAUUUAUCGAAUGUCUUUAUCUUUAUUAUACCAAACCAUGUCCCUGUGGGGAUUUGUUUGAACAGCAUUUCAAAUUAGUGCGGUUUAGUUAGUGUUUGAUUUUGCGUGCA